AUGCUCGCAGAAGAUGGCUGCAAAGCCGAUGAGGAGUUCCUUUGCGUCAAGUUCGAGGCAUGGCACGAGAACUACGGAGAGCUUGACAAAGUGGUCCAGCAGCUCCUUCCGCAGUCUCAGCAUCCUCGACUGAACUGGCCUUUGUGGUUCUUGGGGAACUACACCACCUCGGGCCCACAUGUGGAUGCCAUGUUCGGCUCCGUGAAUGCCUACUUCAUGGCCCAUGGCGCGAAAUCCGUGAGGAUCCUCACAAGGGCUGCCACGGAGCGCCUGCCAGUUCAUUACAAGGAUGACUACCUCUUCCCGCUGGACUCCUCCGAGCUCCCGAACUACCCAUCCUAUGAGUGCACGUUGAAGGAGAACACCAUGCUCUUCUUCAGCAACUCCGCGUGCCUCCACACCUUCGAGAACUUACCCGGCCCUCAGCCGCGUGCCCUAUCCUUGAGGCUCAAGUACACGGGGCAUGUGCAUCCCUUGAUCAUCGAGACGGCGAUGUACAGCUGGGAUUACGUUGAGCAUGUAAGCAGCCUCCUUCGAAACGUUGCGACCAAGGGCAAGCUGUUGAGGACGCAGUUCGUGAAGUGA